UCACUUCAACGCCCGGCAUUUUCUUAAGAAUACCUUCGCAUUACCUGCGUCAAAAUGUAUGGACUGGCGACUUAUGUGGUGAACCACAUCCCACACGAUGAUGUGUGAAAUAUGCGCAGUCGCACUGUGUGCGAGCGGUGUCACUUCAUCCUCAAAAGGCUGGAGAUCCGUUAUUAAAUUGAAUCAUUCCUCGCCAUACAUCACUGUACAACACAGUUGAACAACACCGCACUAUGGAUCAAGCCUCCGUCAAUAUGAACCACCCUCCAGCACAGUCGCGCAAGCAGUAUUUUUUUAGCCACGCCAAGCCGUCGCGCCCUUCAGAUGAUCCGGAAUGUCCCAUCUGCAGAGAUGCCUGGAGUCCCGAUACUCAUACCGUCAUUCGGACGAUAUGCGGCCACGUCUUCCAUGGGUCGUGUCUGGAUCGGUGGCUGCAUGACGAAGCCUUCCCGAACACAUGCCCAAUCUGUCGUGCAGUCUGUUCUCUCCAGCCCCCGGCACAGGAAACCGUGGUUCAAUUCGUAGGCCCUAGUAUUGACGACGAAUUUGAUCCGGAGCUUGGGGUUGACUCGAGUUAUGUAAUCAAGACUGUCUUUGAUCUCAUGGGUACAACGAUUGAAGGUAUGCUUGGACCGCUUACAGGAACCGAAGAUAUCCGCAGGCAGUUUGGUAUUGACCUCGAAGACUCCAAUGAUCCCUUGCGGUUCCUUCGGGCUAUGAGCAACGUCGUCUCUGCAGGUGUGUCACUGGGUCGAUUUCCACCAAAUCUUCAGGAAGGCUGGAUGCCCACACUGAGGCCCUACCUCGGAGACUGGCAGACUAUUAAGUUUCUGCUAGCGUCACUUUUCAUCUCUGCGCAGUGGCGACUGAUGACCCCAUUGCAGUGGGCCAGCGUACUGGCCGAACGAAAUCGGAUUGGGCGUGCUGCGUCUGGCUCGGCGGACUUUGGACCAUUCAGGGACUCUUGGGUAGAGUACAUCAACGACCGUUACAAUGCGGAGUACGGAAUCUUGAUUGACGCCUACUUUCCAGGCGCCGGCAUUACAUGCUGGAAGGAGACUAAUACAACUGGCCAAAUAGUCAACGAAGAUAGGCUGGACUUGACGAUGUUCGACAGCACUAUGACAACCAACAUCAACGUUCCGGGUACAGACUUCAGUCCGGGGCCUCUACUAUACUUCCAGGGCAACUCACUCUGGGUUUCGGAACGAGUGAUGGGUAACAUUGUAGAGUUGAGCAUCGACAGGACCUCGCGUACCGUAUAUAUGCGUAGCUCCGCAAAUCGCGAGUUCAGGGUAGAAUUCUGUCAGGAUGGGAUACAGGAAGACGCUUGUUUGCCACCAGCUACGACAGACAUGAGAAAGCGCCGUGGAGGUCUUUUUCCCUUUAGGUUCUGUUGACAAGCUUGUAGAAACAAGGCGAGC